AUGCGGCAUGGGCAACACACAUCUAAACUGCACGAACCAGCAUCUGUGCACCUCGCGACGACAUCCCGUCAAAAAAAAACCGCAGUGCUGGCGAGCGUGCAAUUCAGGCGUGCUCCGCGUGCUUUCGCAGGAGCGCGUCUUGCCAACGGAUGUGCUGUUAAUUGUUGCUGGGAAAACGAGGAGGAGGAGGCGCACCCCUUCACGAAUCCAGGUCCCUACCCCGCGGCUAAGGCCCUGCCUGACCUGGCGAGACCGCCGACCAGAGGCCCGGAGUCGGCCAAAAACAGCAGCCCGCGCGUCGACAGCGGAGGGGCGGCGGCAGCGGAGGCAUGGCCAGGUGGAAGAGCUAGGGGGGAAUGCCAUAGCAUGGGGCCCAGGUUAGUAGCUGUGCUUCUCGCUCUUGAGCAAGAGCUCCACGCGUGGCACAAUGAAACUGGCUGACGUGCGAGCAGUCAGAGCUAGCAAAAUGUUGUAUACGGCGAACGACGCAGUAAGACCUGUGGGGAGAGCCUUGACCUCACCGCCACGAGUACUAGUUGCUGCCCGACACGAAUCCAGGCAGUCCUCGG